GUUAACCGCGAACAGUCACACUACUCGGUGCUUUGUCUUUGCGAAAUUUUAAUUUUAUUUGAUUUUUCAUUUAAUUUAACAAGUGGAAUUAAUGACCGGUAUUUAAGGUAUGACUCAUUAACAAUAUGCCCAACGCCGCAACUAACAAUGCCAACGCGAACUCAUGCGUUGAGACGCCCACGGCGCCAGAGUGGCUGUCCAAGCUGGAGAGCCGACGCGAAAUGUUGAAACGUUCGAAACUUGGCCACGAGUCCGGAGCCGGCGCUCCAUGUGGCGAGUGCCUGGACAAGUGUCCUGGGCUGGAUCUGCACUUCUGGCGCAAGGUCUGUCGCAAUUGUAUGUGCCGCAAGGAUCAGCACAUGUGCACCGACGACGAUGCCACUGGUUGGGCGCAGUUCGAGAUUCUUGGCCAGAUACGAGCCAAGCCAGCAUACAUCAAGAUUAAGGCUCUGGCCAGCCAGCCCGUGCAGGUGGAGUGGGUGCCACCGAAUGCGGCGCCGGACGUAAUAUCGGAUUACAUGGAAAAACUGGGAGCUGCUCAAAUUCCUGUUGCCGGCAGCGAUGCCGCCCACAAGCGCAAGCAGCAGCUGGAGUUCCAGGUGCCGCCACAUGAUCUGGACGCCGCGCUCUGCGACAAUCUCACAGAGACCGAGGCCCAACAGCUGCAGCAAUAUGUCCAAAAGCUGCGUGAUCAAUGCGUUGGCCAGGGCAUCGUUGUGCGCGUAGGUCGCCUCAGCCAUGGCCAAGUGGAGCACAUUCUGCCGCCCCAGCUUCCGGCAGCGCCAGCCGUGUCCGACGUCGCUCGCAAGCUGUUCAACUCGCUAGGAGUGGCGCCCGUUGCGGAUGCCACGCUUAACGAGCUGUUAUCCAAUCCAAAACUGGCCAAUGCCCUUUCUAUGCAAGGGGCACACGCUCAGCCCAAGCUCCUAGUAGCCUUUGCGGAGCCAUUGAGCGAUUCCACCACUGAAUUCGAUGCGCAUCCCGCUUUACGGGCAGAAACCAAAGUCAAGUUGUUGGGCAUUAGCAGACCCUCGAUACAAAGCCUCGUUACGCAUGGCGUCAUCUACGAUAAACUUCUGGGAACGUUGAAGGAGAAGAACCUAAAUAUUUCACGGGAUGCCCGCCUUGGUCCCAUUUCUGAGUUCCGCAAGGAGUAUGUGAGCAAUCCGCAGUUCAGGGCGGAGAUCAAUACAGUAUGUCCCCCGCCUGCCAUGGCAACAACACCACUGAAAUCAUCCCCAUCUACACCAUUCCACUCGCCGUUGCCGCUCAAGAAUCCGGUGCAGGCCCGUUUUGGGUCUCAAAUGCGUCAGGAUACGCCCAUGCGACGUGUCAAAUUCGGAGGCGUGUCCACCAUUUUGUAUGAUUGUGGACUGCCCGCUCAUAUUGACUACGAGCGGGACCCGGUGUUUGCGCAAAUCGUGCAGGCAGAGCCCUUGAAGCAGGCGCUGCAGGAGGUGCGCUCCGGUCGAGCUGCUCCUUCUGUUGUCAUUGCCUCAGCGCCAGUGUCCACGGCUAAUCUACAGCAGCUCCAUGGCCUGGCGCCUGCCACCAAGGCGCAGCUGCAACGCGUCGGCGUAGACAAGAACAUGCUGCACUCGGCAGUGGCCAAUGCGCCCUACUAUAAUCGCCUGUUUCAAACGUUGCAGGAGAAGGGCAUACGACAUGAUCAGUGCCAGCUGCUGGAACCACUCAAGCAGGUGCAUGAUUGGCUAUUGAACGAUGAACAGUUGCUGGACGACAUCGACAAGCUGUUUGCAGACAUGGCCAAUGCAGCCAGUGCAGGCGGCGACAUUAGCUACGGCAACGAGAUGCUUACCAACUCCGCAAGUCACGAUUCGGGCUUCUGCUCAAAGCCAUCAACACCUGGGUAUGCGGGCGAGGACCUUAACGCCAGCUUGGGCAAGUUCACCAGCAUCCCAGGCAUUGAGCACAUGAAUAUGUAUCCCAACUGUGCCCCCAUGUCGGAGCAAUUCCAGCAGCUACAACUGGGCGACUCAAACGCAACGGGUGAUGCAGCAGCAACAGGCACAGUGGCUGUGUCGAACAUCAGCUGCCGCGAUUGCGGCCUGGCCAUUGAGUUCGGCGAGGUGGCCGUCAAGGCGGAGCGAGCAGGCAAAGAGAUCGCUUGGCAUCCAGGCUGCUUCAAGUGUCAGACAUGCCGCGAGCUGUUGGCGGACUUGGUCUAUUUCUUCCAUCACGGGCAGGUGUACUGUGGCCGCGACUUGGCCAUCAAGCUGAAGAUACCGCGCUGCAAGGCCUGUGAUGAGCUGAUCUUCACCAAGGAAUACACCGCCGCCGAGGGCGCAACGUAUCACAUCAAACAUUUCUGCUGUCUGCAAUGCGACGAGCCGUUGGCUGGCCAGCAGUACAUACCCGAUGAGAAGUCCAACAUGCCUCUGUGUCUGCAGUGCUACGACAAGUUCUAUGCCGGCACCUGCAAGCGCUGCCAGCUGCCAAUUGGGCCCGCUGAUCAGGGCGUUGCCUGGGGCGACAUCCACUGGCAUGGACCGUGCUUUGUGUGUGCAGGUGCUCAGUGCUCCAAGUCCCUGAUUGGCGGUCGCUUCUGCGUCAAACAGGACAUGCCCUUCUGCAGUCCAGCCUGUGUGCGCAGCAUUAUUCCAGCCUAACUCCCAGGCAACUAACAACAAUCCAAACAGUAUUUAAAAAAUGCGCACAAACUAUGAUCAGAUUUAUAUAUAGUAUAUAUAUAUGCAUAUUGUAUAUAUAUAUAUGUAUCUAUAUAGCGUUUCCACAAGCCAUGCAACAAUGCACAAUUACGAGGUUGAAUUCCUUUUGCUUUAUUUAUCUAAAGUGCCUAGCCUAUACACUUAUAUAGCAUGAUCUACCUAUAUCUUUAUAUAUAUAUGUAGUUUACACACGAUUUUAAGCCGUGCCAAUAGUCUCUUAUGGAAAAUAUCUACACGCUCGCAUUCGAGUACAUAUAUAUGUAUAUGAAAGUAUGUAUUCAUACAGAUAUAAAGUAUUAUCUAUACACGUUUUUUAUGACAUUUUAUAAAGCACUUUACACAAGAAAAGUUUUAAAUAAAAUAUA